UGGGUUUUUAGUUGAGUUUGCAUCCAUAGAAGGUUUACCUGUUACACUCCUACUGCAUGGAACAAAAUACCUAUUGCUAUUUUUAUUCCCACUCACACUCACAAUCACAAGAUAAUGUUUAAUUCAUGUUAGAUAGGAUACUAUCUAUCUAUCUAUCUAUCUAUCUAUCUAUCUAUCUAUCUAUCUAUCUAUCUAUCUAUCUAUCUAUCUAUCUAUCUAUCUAUCUAUCUAUCUAUUAUACAACACCAAAGUUUGCUCUACAUGUAUUAAAAAUGAAUGUGAGCUUCCAUCUUCCGCUUUGGUUUGUGAUCUCUAUAUAUAAGAGUUUCUGAAAAAUUAAUAUUAUUUCAUUCAUUCGCAUUUCCAGAUAUCGACGCAAAUAAAUAUUAAAGCACUCCGUGGCUUUUUUUCCCUUUUAAUUUAAAUUUUCGACUUUUAAAACCUCUUUAAUUUAGCUUUCCUCGACUUCAUCAAGAAUAAACAACAAUACUGCAUAAGUAAUUUAUCAUAAAGUCCGCCAAUGAGAGGUCACCUUUUUAGUGUCUUGUGACUUGGUCCGGGUCCGCAUCAUUUUCCAGCCGGCUGGGAGGGCGGCGGAGAAAGGGACCCGUAUUACGGUCUGCCAUGCUCGGACAGGGCGUUUUAUGAAACCAUUGACGCACUUUGACUGUAUUUUUUAUACUCAAGAUAACAACUCUUCCCUCGGUUCUUGUCAUCACUUUCAGCCCGGUAAUUUCACAGGCUGAACGGUAGGUAAGAGUUAAACAAAUAGAAGAACGAAAGUCUUUAUCCCGGGUAUUUUCACUUAACAAAGAAACAGAUUUGUUAAGAUAUUUUAAAUUAUUCUAAACUAUAUUUACUAUUUUAAAUACAUUAUAAUCCAUAAUCAGAAUUAAUUUGCCAAUAUUAUGGUAGUAUAAGAAACUAAUCCAGUGACGCUCCAUGACGUAGGAUUAGGGGCGUUCUCAAAUUUGAAUUUCGUUGAGCUUGACAGUAAUUGAACAAAGCGGGUCGUUUAGAAAUUUCCAUAAUCACGCCAUUUAAUUCAAACUUAGAUUGAAAAAGGAAAGCAAAAUGAGAAGAAGAAGCAGCAGUAGCGCCAGCUGGAGAAGCUCAACAGAUAAAAGGCGCAGUGAGAGUGUACGUUUUGAUGAAUUCGGCUUUGCUUUCACCAACAGAAGGGAGCAAAAACUUCACCACAGAUGUCACGAUUACAGCUAUCCACAGCUGAGCUUGGUGAGGGUGAAGGAGCUGUGUGAACUGCUCAGCUACUGGAAUGGAGCCAGCUUCAUCUGCAAGAGUCAGAUUGAUCGCUUUAUCCGGAUGGGCAUUCCUCCUAGUUUGCGAGGGCGAGUGUGGAAGUGCCUUCUGAACGUUGACGGUGUGAGAGAAUGUAGUGACUUCAACUAUCAGACAUGUUUGUUGGAAGUGCGAGGACCCCUUGUGGAUUUGGGCGUCAGUGAAUAUGGCAUUUUGUCUGCGAUUGCCACACUGAGCGACACUCAGAAUGAUCUGGGUUUGAACCAACGACAGCUCUCGGGCUCGAAUGAGAAUUGCUACUCUAUCGAUGAAAUAACUCUGUUCAGACAGAUCGCCCUUGACCUACAGCGAUCCUUUCCAACCCACCAGUCCCUGAUGGGACAGAGCUCAGAGGCCAUUGAGGGUCAGGCUAAACUCUUCAGGGUCCUCGUUGCUUAUGCAAAAUACAAUCCACAAGUUGGUUACAGUCAAGGGAUGUCUUACAUAGCUGCUGUGCUGCUGAUGCAUUUGGGAGAGGAGGAGGCUUUCUGGGCUCUGACAGCCUUGUUGGAUAAAUCCAAAUAUCUGGCUGAACUGUUUGACCUCAGUCUCACAAAAGUCCAACAUCAGGUGAAGGUCUUUGAUCAGUUCCUCAAACACCGGAAGGCUCGGCUCUCCAAGCACUUGGACUCAGCGGGAGUCUUAUUAGUCCAUUUUGUGAUGCCAUGGUUUCUCACCCUCUUCACUUCCCUGCCCUGCUGGGAUUCUGUUCUCGCUGUCUGGGACCUCAUCAUUUUACAAGGCCUGCAAGCUGUGUUCCGAACUGCUCUGACCAUCAUCGAACUUCUGGAGCCUCGACUGAUGGAGCUGAAUGAUGAAGGAGCAAUGUUACCUCUGCUAUUAAGAGUACCAGUGGAUAUGGCCCAGUAUACUGUAUUGGUUUCUGCACUGUGGAAAACUGAGGUCCAGGACUGGGAGCUUAAAUGCAUGAAUAGCCUGGUGCUGGAUGAGAGCCGUCAUGAACCCAAAACAGAAAAGUUGGAAAACCCACAGAACAUGAACAACGAAGUUGGAACAGAAAAUGAGACACGACAUAUUUCAAAAUCUGGAGGCAAGAAAACUUCUAAAAAAGACACAGUUCCAGAGGGUGUGAGUUUACUGACCCGUGUGAUGCGCGUGGUGCACCGGCACCUUCUCAGCCCUUUGGGUCGACAGGGAGUUGAGGAGAAGUGUUCACAAACACUGGCUGUGCCGAGACACCGGAGUCCUGGGCACAUAUUCCAGAGUCGAGCCUCAGCUUCAUUUACACAAGCUCAGGUGAGAUUGAAAAGGCAGAGCAAGCAGAAAAGUAGUACCAACCAGCCUGAAGGACAAGGGAGUGGUGGAGAGGUGGCUGUAGCCCCUGUUAAUGGGAAAAAUCUUGCUGGCUGUGGGAAAAGUGAAAGAUAUCAGCAAACCUUUAAGAGAUCUGGUACAGGGUCUGUUGGCAAAGUGGCUCAUCGUCGUAGCAACCACACCAUCCGUAUUCAUGCCAGAGCAAAAUCUCGUCGUCUUCCUCAAAAUGAGAAGAGCUCAGUGGACCAGAAUCCUAACUCCAGUGCGAUUCUCUCCUCCACCCUGCCUCGGUCUUCCUCCCCCACUCCUUCAAGUCCCCAGUCCACCAAUGCUUCUCAAAGUGGAGAACCCCAUGAAACAAUCAAUGCAGCUCUCAUCAGAGAAUUGUCAUCCAGACAUCAGACCAGUUUGCCCUUCCUGAACGCCAGAGAAUCAAAGUUGAUUUAAAAACUAAGAACAGCAGAACAUAAAAGUACUGACUGGGAUUUAUCAACCUGUUGAGCUGUAAAUCUGCUGAUUGUUUAAAACUGUCUUCUCCAGGAAUUUGUCACUUUCAUAACAAUUUAUUGUUUCAUGUUUGUCUUUUCUGGUACUUCACACACUUUUUAAUGUAUUUUUUUUUUAAAUUGUCUCAAAAAGGGUUAAUAAAAUUCAUAUUUUUAA